AUGGGUGAAUACGGGCUCUCUUCGUGGUUAACAGGUUUCGAAGAAUUAGCUGCUCGUAACUACGAAUCUGUUCGAGUCAACUUCGCUCUGGCUAUUCUUCAU